CCAGCCACCAGUUGCCUCCCACCAGCUGGUUGAUUACGGGACAAACAGGUACGCUGAGAAAUAAUCCUCUCUUAUCGACAGAGGUUUUCACUACUCUUCCCCAUGCUCCCGGCUUGUGGGAAGUAAAAGUCCAGAGAAAAGGAAAGUGAUUUGUUGAUACUCUGAAGCAGCGUGUGCGGUCCGGUGCCCAGAAGAAGGUCGCACCGAGCUAUUAGUGGUUAAUAGCCGAGCUACAGUACAGGCGGGGCAGAGCUCCAAGCCAGAGCCCUGAGUCGGGUCUCGGUUGUUCACAAACACCGGAUUAAGUCUCUGAAAUUGAAGAGAACAAAGAACUUGUACCAGUAAUGGACAGUAUUCUGGAAGGUCUCUCAAAAACUGAAUUUGUGAGCGUGUGUGUUCGAGAUCCUAGACUCCACAAAGAUGACCGCUGGCACACUCAUGUCGACUACGAGAUCUGUUUACAUACCAACAGCAUGUGUUUUCGAAAGAAGACUUCCUAUGUGAGGAGGAGUUACAGUGAUUUUGUUUGGCUGCGUCACUGUCUGGAGGGAAAUGCUCUGACCAUAGAAUUGCCCAAGUUGCCACCCUGGAGUCCCUUCUUUAGUUUGAAGAACAAAGAGCAAGUAUCCAAAAGAAUGAAUGGCCUGCAGGAGUUUCUAGAAAAUGUUUUUCAGAAUCCCUUAUUGUUAUCAGAUAGUCGGCUCCAUCUCUUCCUCCAGUCAGAACUCAGUAUCAGACGGAUUGAAAGGUGUGCUCUUGGUAAGACCAGGUACACUGUGGCUGAAGCUAUUCAACUGUCCAGAAGCGGUUACAGCAGUUCAGAGGACAAGAGUUCUUAUGACUCGGACUGCGAGAGCUCUGCAUCUUCAGGUCUGGGAUUGAGCAUCGAUGCUACUACUCGAGACAGUCCGGUCCCUUUUCAUCAUUCAAAUGAAAGAGGAUUCUCUAAUUGAGCAUUCUCCUUUUCAUAUACAUCUCAGUAUUAGUUUUAAAACUUGCAUUACCUUCCCUCAGAUUAUAAAUCUGUGUAACUGCCUGUUUGCUAUAGACUUUGAAGUCAUGGUAUGUUUGACCAGAAAAGUGCAAAAAAAAAAAAAAAAAAGAUGUUCAGUGUCCUGCUUGGACUAUUUUAAUUUACCUCAUUGUACUCAAAGACAUUUGUCACUUUAAUGGUAUGUUUGUGAGGAGGAAGUUUGAUAUACAUUAUUUAUAUAACAUGUAAGUUAUGGAGAACUCUUUAAAAAUGUCAAAUGCAUUUUAUUAUUGCUUCAGUGUAUAGCAAGCAAGAUUUGAAUUGUUUUAAUAUUUGAUCAUAUUUUAUGCUUGGAUAUAGGAUAAAUAAAUUGUCUUUGAAAAGUU